AUUUAUAAUUUUCAUUUCCAUAUUGUUUUUUUAAUAAAUACCUUCUUUAUUUAAGUCCCAUAAAACAAAAACAAAGACUGUUGAACUUGAAGGAAAGAAAGUUGAAACCUCGGAAUCGCCAUUACCGUUGAGCUUAUUCAUCUCGGGUUAUUGCAGAGAUCUCUAAAUCCUUCCCAUGGCGAUUUUUUGUAAUUAAUUGUCUACGGCGAAUUUUGAAACUCAAGUCAACGAAUUAUAUUUUUCUCGAGUUAGGAGAAGUUUACAUUAAAUUCCAGUUUUGAAAUGGAUCCUUCUAUAAUGAAGCUUCUUGAAGAGGACGAGGAUGAAUCCAUGCAUUCUGGAGCUGAUGUUGAGGCUUUUACUGCUGCCUUAAACAGAGAUAUAGAAGGUGAUGCAUCAGCUUCUCACCCUUCUCACUCAAAUAUUUCAUUCUCUCAAGACAACAAUCAAACUUCUAGUCAGGCAUAUUCACAAUGGCAGCCUUCUGGACAAGAGGAAAAUAGUAGCAACCAGUCGCAACAGCAAGGUUUAAGUAGUCAAGAGCAGCAGCAAUCAUCUGAUCUGGAGAUGAAAGAGCAUGGGUUUAGCAUGGAGAUUCAGCAAGAAGUUAAUGGCUCUGAGGAGCCUAGUGGCCCUUCUUCACACUCUCAUAGGCCUGUGCAAAGUGAUGGUCAGGGACUCCCAGCAGAACCUAAUUCUGGAGAGUUUUCCCAAACUUCUAUGCCGAUGCAAACACAGAUUUCUGGAUUACAUCACACUCAGGCUCACGAACCAAACAGAGUACAUAAUCCAAGCAGCGAAUCUCAGUUAUUGAACAUGCAAAGAUAUGCUAAUCAACCAGUUCCAGCGCCAGGGCAGGGUGGUACAUCAGUUAAUCGAGGGAAGCAAAUACCUUUUGGCACUAUGCUUCCUCUUAUUCUUCCUGAAUUAGAUAAGGACAAAGCUAUGCAACUCCAAACUUUGUACGGAAAAUUACGGAGAAAUGAGGUACCCAAAGAUGCAUUUGUCAGGCUCAUGAGAGGCAUUAUAGGGGACAACAUGCUGAGGUUGGCUGUGCUCAAGAUGCAAGCUAAGGUGCAGCCACAGAACUCUAGUCGGCAGCCACACCAGAGACCUCCGACUGGUACUGCAGCACAAUUCUCUGAUCCUUAUUCAUUUGGACAGCUACAACAGAAGAGUCAUGGAACUCCUACCAUGACACAGAUCCCUAGCUCUGUAUCGCAGCCAUUUAAUGAUUCAAGCCUCCAAAUGGCUGACAACAAUUCUCUUAAUUCAAGAGAGAUGGGAUCACUGACGGAUUCUCAUGGAGUGCAAACAAACCAGAUGUCUGAUCGAGCAACAAUAUCAUUGCAUGGACUUACAAAGCAACAACAGCAGCAUUUGCAUUUUACUCAGGGUUCCUUCCCAAUGUAUGGAGCCAGUAACUAUCACUCCUUCACUGGAACAAGUGCUAGUACACCGUCAUUGGCUAAACCUCAACGGUUUGAUCCCCAAGCUAGGCAAGGUCAACUACAUCAAGGAUUUAGUUCUGCUCAUGGAGAUGGUUCAAGCCAGGCCAUAAAUGUGACAAAUACUCCCAAAGUUAACGAUACCCAAAGAAUUUCUGGUGUACCCAUGAACAACAUGCCCACUCCUUCGAUCCAACAUACUUCUGUUCUGUGGCAGGUAAAUAAAGAGCAGAAAAUUGGUGCUUCACCAAACAUGAGCUAUGUGAAGCAGGAGCCUUCUGAGCAGGCUCUUGACAAACGACCAAAGCCUCAAAUCUCUUCAGCACAGGGUCCUACCUUUCCUGGCGCUGUAAUGGAUCAAGGAAAUUCACUUGUACCUCCUUCCAACAAUGAAAUUUUGGAGAAACAUGAUUCUAGAAUAUCCUUUCCAUCUUCGCAGAGGACUGUAACUGCGGCAACUUCGGGUUCAGUUCCUUCCCAUACGGAUACUGAUUACCAGGUAGGUUCUCAGAGUAUCUCAUCGGGUGGGAUUGGGAAGGCGUCGGCUAAAAAGUCGAUUAGUGGUCAAAAGAAGCCACUUGAUGCACUUGGUUCUUCACCACCCCUUUCUAGUAAAAAGCAGAAGGUUUCUGGUGCCUUUUCUGAUCAAAGUAUUGAACAUCUCAAUGAUGUUACUGCCGUUAGUGGGGUUAAUCUUAGAGAAGAGGAGGAACAAUUAUUUUCUGUUCCCAAGGAUGAUAGCAGAGUAUCAGAAGCAUCACGUAAGGCUGUUCAAGAAGAAGAAGAUAGACUGAUUCUGCAGAAGGUUCCUCUUCAGAAGAAAUUGGCAGAAAUAAUGUCAAAGUACGGGUUGAAGAACUUGAGCAAUGAUGUGGAGCGGUGCCUCUCAUUAUGUGUAGAGGAAAGAAUGCGUGGUUUGAUAAGCAGUCUGAUUAGAGUUUCCCGACAGCGAGUUGAUUCUGAAAAGUCUAGGCACAAUACUGUUGUUACUUCUGACGUUCGAGAACAAAUCAUGGCAAUUAAUCGGAAAGCCAGAGAAGAAUGGGAUAAGAAACAAGCUGAAGCAGAGAAACUCCGCAAACAAAAUGAAGAUCCUGACAGCAGUGCUAUAGUUGAUGUUGACAAGGAGAAAGAUGAAGGCCGUGCAAAGUCGCUUAAGAUUCAACAAGUGAACAAAGAGGAGGAUGACAAAAUACGCACAACAGCAGCAAAUUUAGCAGCCCGAGCUGCUUUUGGAGGGGAUGACAUGCUAUCAAAAUGGCAGCUUAUGGCACAAGCUCGCCAAAAGCGUGAAGGGGGACCUGAAAUUGCAUCCAGUUCUCAGUCCGGUAAAGAUACAACCAGCAAACAAGUUGCAAACACUGUCGGGAACGCAAAGGAAAUCCAAGGAACUGGAAAAAAGGAUUCAUCAGCUGCUCUUCCUGCAUCUGGAGGAGCAAGACAAAGUGGCAGAAGUCAAGUUGUCGUGCCGCCUCCCAGGAUAGCUCCUCGUAUCUCUGUAAAGGAUGUCAUUUCUGUUCUGGAAAGAGAACCUCAGAUGGCAAAGUCCACAAUGAUUUACAAACUCUACAACAAACUGCAUGCCGAUCCUGCUGCUGAUUGAAGAUCAUAUAUGUCUAACAUAGUGAAAAUGAAUGAGGGCUAGUUCUUUCUAAUCGAUUGUAUCUUCCUGUUGGAGCUACGUCCAUGUCUGGUGAGACUAACUCUAUGUUUGGAUUGACGGAAUUAGAGUGAAAGGAAAGAGAGAGAUUUGAAGGGAUGUAUUUUUCUGUAUUUGGAUAACAAUUUUGGAGUAGGAUUUGGAAGGGGAUUUGAAGGGAAUUGGUUCCUUAAUUUUGUAAAUUAUUAAUGGAAAAAUCUCUCCAAAUGUGAAAGGAUUUAAAAGGAGUGUUUUUGCUUUCCUUCCCUCUAAACAAACAAGAAAAGUUUUCCUCAUUAUUAUUUCUCAUUCCCUAAUCACUUCCUUUCCGCUUUUCUUUUCACCGUACAUUUUUAUUCAAACUAUGUGCAACUGAUGUGCACUGCUCGAGUUCUGCUAUACGCUAUUGGUAGCCGUAUAGACAAAGGUUGCUCUAUGACACGGAGCUUCCUAAAUUAAGAGACCUCAACUAAUAGAUUAUAGUAGUAUUAGUUUAUGUUACCUUUGUUUUAGUUUUAAUUACUUGUUUUAAGUUUAAUUCUUACAAAAUGUAAAAUAUAACUGUGUUUUUGCUCCGUCUCUGUUAAUAUAGGCUUUUGUGUUUUAGUAGAUCAAAAGCGUCUACAAAAUUAUGAGUUGUUUUGUUUAAGGAAUAUAUUAUAGCAAUAAUAAUCAUGAUACAAUCCGAUUUGUGCU